AUAAAAAAGGAAAAAAGAGAUAUGAAAAGAUUGAAACUCAAAAUUAGUAGUUCAUAAGUCCCAAACCCAACCCAACAAACCUACUCUCCUCCAAUUCUUUCUCUUUCUUGGUUUACGAGUAAAAUCAUUCUAGGGUUUGUUCAGAAAAAGAAGAAGCUAAUCAAGUCAAAAGGGCAUUAAUUGGAUUGGUAAAAGAAGAAGAAUGAGUGCAUCUCGGUUCAUAAAGUGUGUGACAGUUGGCGAUGGAGCUGUUGGAAAGACCUGUAUGCUCAUUUCUUACACCAGCAACACUUUCCCUACGGAUUACGUACCGACUGUUUUCGACAAUUUUAGCGCAAAUGUGGUGGUCGAUGGGAGCACGGUUAAUCUAGGAUUGUGGGAUACUGCAGGACAGGAAGAUUACAACAGAUUGAGACCUCUGAGUUAUCGCGGUGCUGAUGUUUUUAUACUCGCGUUUUCACUAAUUAGCAAGGCCAGCUAUGAAAAUAUCUCUAAAAAGUGGAUUCCUGAAUUGAGGCAUUACGCACCCGGGGUUCCAAUAAUCCUUGUUGGAACAAAGCUAGAUCUUCGUGACGAUAAGCAGUUUUUAACGGACCAUCCCGGUGCCGUUCCAAUUACAACGGCUCAGGGAGAGGAAUUGAGGAAGCUAAUCGGUGCUCCUGCUUACAUUGAGUGUAGCUCAAAAACACAACAGAAUGUGAAGGCUGUUUUUGAUGCAGCCAUUAAAGUGGUUCUGCAGCCACCAAAGCAAAAGAAGAAAAAGAAGCGAAAGGGUCAAAAGGGGUGCUCCAUAUUGUGAUUUUAGCCUCAAGAAAGUGAAAAAUCUAUCUAGCAUGAGGUGCUAAUUACCUUUCUAAAGUAUCUGAUAAAUUGCUCACUUUUGCUUUUUUCUGUCUCAUGAAAACAAGUUGUGUUGUGCUGAAUAUGAAAUAGACUGGAGGUGUUUGUAAGCUCAUAUGUAUAUUGUUGAGGGUAUUUUUGGUAUUUGUAGUUUGCUCUGUUUGGGUUGAAAUUAAUUUGGUGUGGUUUUUGUAACCUAAUUAUUAUUUGUUUAGUGGCAGUUACCUUGUUCUGUUA